CUUCCCAAUAAGCAACGAUCCCAAUGAACACCACGCCUUCCUACUGGUCUGCUACUCGAAUUCUGAAGCACAACUCUGCUUAUUCCUUCCAGUAGUUACACUGCCAGCGUAUAGUAUGUACCUUCCGCUGCUCCGAUCCAAGCUAGGAGCCCCAACUAAUAUUCCCUCCAGUCUUGCAAGUGCAAACAACGGGAGUAGAUGGACACGCUCGCAUCAUAAGAGGGCGGCUCGGCUGAGGGGGCCAACGACGCGCACCACAGGCCGCCUCCCUCCUUUCCCGUAGGCUCGUAGCGUAGCGUGUUAGUGUUAGCCUAGUCAGCCGAGCACUGCAAGCCGCACCUGCCUCGCGCGCGAUCGACCAUGGGAAGGCCGGUGGCGCCGGUCCUCGCGCUGGCGAUCGUCGUCGCCGCCGCGGCGGCGGUCGCCACGGCGGCCCCGGGGGAGGUGAAGUGCGGCGGGUGCUCGCCGUGCGUCGGCGCCGACUGCCCCGUGCUGUACCCGUCGCCGCCCCCGCCGCCGCCGUACUACUACUACAGCCCGCCGCCGCCGGCGGCCUACUACCCGGGGUCGGGCUGCCCGCCGCCGCCGGGCGCGUACAUUCAGAUCGGGAGCACGCCGCCGGGGAAGGGCCCGCUGUACCCGCAGGACCCCGGGUUCAUGCCGUCCGCCGCGCCGGGCCGCGCCGCCCCGCUCGUGGCCGGCAUGCUUGCCGCGGUGGCCGCCGCGUGGGCUGCCUUCUUGUGAUCCGCAACCGCAAUGCCACAUGACGGCGGGCUCCUCCGGUAAGUAGGCCGACGCGCGCGCGGAGGCGAUCCUACCGGCGUUCCAGUUGAGGGUUUCCAAUCCCAGUGUAUUUACGCAUGCUACUUUUCGAUAAUAAUCUUUACUUGCCAUCCUAUACAUGGGCUGUAGUUCGUUGUUGCAAAUGUAUCAAGGUUUUCUUUGCUUUAGUUUUUUUUUUAGAAAAAAAUCUGAUGAUUUUAGAACAAUUUCACUUGUAUGAAACGGAACCCAAAAUUAAGCAGAUGUGGAACUAGAAGUUCAUUCCUGAUUUCAAAUUUUCUGUUCUCAUG